AUGCUUGUCAGGUCCGUGGCAAAAUUCCAGAUUAAGCCUACAGCUCAGGGCAAUCUCACAAACAAUAAACAUAUGGAACGCGAAACAAGACAUCAAGCACCGCCAUCUAUGCAGGCAUUGCGAUUAGGGAAAAGCGUGAACGAUUUGUUUCCAACGUUGAACAUCUUUGACAAAAAUAUUUCAUCACACACGGGGGAACAAGGGUUGAUUGAUGGCUGGUUGAACACAUGA